CGGUCGUCCUCGUCGCCGCUGCUGCCGCUGCUGCUGCUGCUGAGGCUGCUGGCGGAGGCCGGAGGAUCGGGCGGCGGCGGCGGCGGCGGCUGAGAGGGCGGCGGCGGGAGCGGAGCGGGACGAGGGAGCGAGAGGAAGCGAGCGAGGAGCGAGCGGAGCGCGCCAGCCCCGCCCGCCCUUCCGCCCGCCGGAGGAGCCGGAGCAGCCCGGGCCCCCAGCCGCCACCGCCGCCGCCGCCCGCCUGCCCGCCGCCGGACAAAGCCCGAGAGCCCGCGCCCAGAGCCAUGUCCUCGUCCGCCGGCAGCGGCCACCAGCCCAGCCAGAGCCGCGCCAUCCCCACCCGCACCGUGCCCAUCAGCGACGCCGCGCAGCUACCUCAUGACUAUUGCACCACGCCCGGGGGGACGCUCUUCUCCACCACGCCGGGAGGAACCCGAAUCAUUUAUGAUCGAAAAUUUCUGUUGGAUCGUCGCAAUUCUCCCAUGGCUCAGACCCCACCCUGCCAUCUGCCCAAUAUCCCAGGAGUCACCAGCCCUGGCACCUUAAUCGAAGACUCCAAAGUAGAAGUAAACAAUUUGAACAACUUGAACAAUCAUGACAGGAAGCAUGCAAUUGGGGAUGAUGCUCAGUUUGAGAUGGACAUCUGACUGUCCUGUGAGGAUCAGAAGAAAAGCAGCAACCCUGAUACCUGUGUGUACCUGAUUUGGCCAUUAGGAUCAACGAUGAAAAGACAGAGAGGCAGUCCCAGCAGUCCCCACUGCGUCUCCACCUCCUCCUCUUCCUCCGGGUGCCAAAUGAUGCGAAGAUGAGCUUCAUUCCACCAUUUCCUCUCCCUGUUUCCUGAGCCCCAUCCCAGUGAGACAGAUUAGAUCGAAGGCCCUUGGCAUAUUUCUGUAGAACUAAGCAGCCCACAGAGGAAAACUGUUAAGCUCUGGCUUCCCUCCUGCCCCCACAAAAUUUUUUUAUCCCACUUCAAAUCUCACCCUACCAACAAUUGCCUGGCUGGGAAGUCUGGGGAGGUGAUACAGAGGUUUGGUGGGUUCGCCAUUAUUCAUGUUCUUACCCUCUGUCUCUCCUUCCUAUCUCCUGGCCACGUUUCAGUGCUGCAAGAGUCUGGGUUUGGGGUUGUCAGAACCAUCAGGGAAAUGAUAAACAAGAAGAGAGCUGCUUUCCCUUUUACCUUGAGGUGUUUGUCCUUGGGGACAGAGCACCGCUUGUGCAACUCUAGUAGCAUUACCCUGUGGCACUGUGUUGAGGUCUGCUUCCCCUCCUUUCUCUGGGAGCAAUGUCUUCUGUCUUUGGUAUUAUAGUUCCUCUUCCCAUUCCUUUACUUAGCACAUUUGUGCAAAAAUCUUUACACUCUCUACAUCAUAGUAUUCCGUGGAUGAUACCUAGAAUGACCUUGGCAGAGCACUGAACCAUUUAUGAGUCCCCAGUCUCAGUAGUCACUGUUUUUCAAUCCAAUGAGCAUUGUGAUAUUGUCUCUGAUUGCAGUUUCUUAGUAUUUUGAAUUUAAAGUUGACUUUCAGAAUGCUCUAGAGAAGAACUAAACUUAUUUCCUUUGUGGACCUGUUUGGCUGCUGACAUAGAUAAGCAGGGGCUUAAAAAAUGUGUUCCUCCCGAUUUUCUUGCCUUUCUCAUCAUACCCUGAAUUUCUCUUUCUUUCCCUUCCUCCCUCCUUCCCUCUUUCCCUCUCUCUCUCCUUCCUUCUUCUCUGCCAGGCCAUUUUUUCAAAUGUACAUCAAAGGUACCUCAAGUGUUGGUAUCUGAUAAUAUCUGUCACUCCUCUUAGCUGAGGAGUGACCUUUUAUUUUUAAGAUGACUACAGACCUAUUUUUAGAUAUGUUUUCAGUACAAUUUUGGACAGCAACUUUUUAAUUACACAUCUUCCAGUGUCAGGAAGGUGAGAAAUGUCCGUAGGCGAGUCUGCUGUUCCACGUCACCAACCUUCGUCUCCACAGUCCCUUACGAGCUCUUUCUUUCUCCCUCUAGUUUUGGGUGUGCAUGUUUGGAGUCGUAGAAGGUGGUUUGUAAACUGGACCAUUCUGCCUUGCCAUGGGUUGUUCAUGAAAGCCUCGUGCUUCUUCCCCACUCUUUGCUUCCUCAUCCCCCCUUCUCCCCACCCCACUCUCCUGACUGUUGACUGCCACAAUAAUCCAGGGAGAGUGACUCCCCUCAUGGAAAGAC